AGACUGGUUUCCUCUCAGUAGCUGCUGCUUUCUCAAACCAAUCAUGUGAAAUGGAGCAACAGGAAAAAGUAGCUGUGCCAAUAUUUUCACAAGUAGAUAAGGAAAUAUUUUUGCGAGACAUCUAUCCAGAGCGCAGACCAGCCGUGCUGAGAGGGAUGUGUCUGGGACCAUGCCUGGAGAAGUGGACAGUUGAAUACCUUGGACAUAAAGGGGGAGACAAGGAGGUGAAGAUUCACGUAUCCACUGUGCCACAGAUGGACUUCCUUCACAAAAACUUUGUUUACAAGACUCUGCCAUUCAGGGACUUUGUGAAAAGAGCAUCUGAGAGGAAACACUCUGACUUCUUCCUGUGUGAGGAUGAGAGCUAUUAUCUUCGCUCACUGGGAGAGGACGUACGAAAGGAACCUGCUGAUCUGAGCAAACAGUUCCCAGAUUUGGCCGAGGAUUUUCACAUCCCGCACUUCUUUGAACCCGAGCAGUUUUUCUCCAGCGUCUUCCGCAUCAGCUCCUGUGCUCUGCAGCUGUGGACACACUACGAUGUGAUGGAUAACCUGCUGGCUCAGGUGACGGGGAUGAAGAGAGUGGUGCUCUACAGCCCCCAGGAUGCAUUGCACCUCUACCUGUCAGGUGAUAAAUCCGAGGUCCUCGACAUCGAUUGCCCAGACCUGACACGCUUUCCUGAGUUUGUGAAGGCAAGGAGAUUUGAGUGUGUGCUGGAGCCUGGAGAUGUGCUGUUUAUCCCUGCCCUGUGGUUCCAUAACACCCUGGCACUGCAGUUUGGUGUGGGUGUGAAUGUGUUCUGGCGCCAUUUACCUGCUGACAGCUAUGACAGGAAGGACCCGUACGGUAACAAGGACCCUGUGGCUGCGACUCGGGCCCUUCAGGCCCUGGAGAGAGCACUACACACUCUGGAUGAGCUCCCGGCAGAUUACCGAGACUUUUAUGGACGCCGCAUGAUCCAACGCAUUCAAAAGCGGACCUACUGUGACAAUCUGUCGAGCACAACGACAGAGGACAGCACAUUACCCAGAAGUCAGUUUACCAAACCUGGAUGAGUGUGCAGCAAAAUGUGUAUCAAAUAAAAGACUGGUGUUACACUAA